UCUAUGAAAAAGUCCUGUCGGGGCCGAUGUUUAAUUUUGUCCAACCAGACGUUUUAUGGACCAUUAGAAAAGGACAAAGAAGGUGUCAUGAGGUGUAUACUUCCGACUAGACACGGGACUGUGAAAGAUGCCGAAGACUUGAAAAAAUUGUUUACACAAUUACAUUUUGACGUGAUUACCCGUACUGAAUUAUCAGCUCAGGACAUACACAGUGAGUUGUUACGAGAGGCCUCCCACUCAGAUCAUAGCCAGGCUGAAUGUUUUGUAUGUGUGAUAUGUAGCCACGGGACUAAGGACGGUAUUUAUGGGGUGGACGGCAAAACCAUCUCGCUUGAAAAUGUUACAAAAUACUUUGAUGGUGAUCAUUGCAAACAUUUACAGGCAAAGCCAAAGUUAUUCUUUAUACAGGCUUGCCAAGGAGAGAGAGCAGACAGGCCUGGCUCUAAUGUUAUCGAUGGUGGUCAAGAUUUGUCAAACCUGCUGGAGAGAACUCAUAUAGGUGAUCAAACAGAUGCUGCUAAAGAAACAUUUAAUGAUACACUAAACCCUAAUACUGUACCUACAAAAACAGACAUGUUAAUUGCUUGUGCGACACAUCCAGGUUAUGUAUCCCUCAGGAAUACUCAGUAUGGGUCAUGGUUCAUUCAGGCUGUGAUAUAUGUAUUCCAGAAAUAUGCAUGUAAAGAAGACAUAUUUUCUUUACUUACUUUGGUGAAUAGUCUAGUGGCACGUGGGCGGACAGCUUUAAACCAGGAAGGGCCUCGUGAUGUAGUGCAAGCUUCGUUAUUUACAGCCUCAUUUACAAAGAAGUUCCUAUUUUUCCCUGGAGUGGCGGCAGAUUCUGAACCUAGAUGAUUUUGUUUCCAUGACAAUUAAAUAAUAACAUUGCUGAUUUUGACUUUUGCCUUAAAUUUUUAACAGUGAAAAUAUUAGAAAAGAAAAUGGUAUGCAAUAAAAUUGUGCUGUUGUAUAUUUGAGAAAAAAAUAUGAAUUGAUAAAAUAAUUUCCUCAAAGUUAAAAAUAAGUUUGAUAAAUAUACAAUAUAUCUCCAUUCUCACUUUUAUCUUAUUUCGUUUUAAUUAGCUUUUUUUAUCAUGAUGUUGCAAACAUAUUCAGUGUAUUUUGGUUAUAACAUUGCAUCAAUGUUAACAUUUCAUAGUUCAUGUAAAAGGUAUGUGACGGGAGUUAAAGACUAUUGUGAUAAAGCCAUUGUUAAUGUGAGUUUGUCGAGUUCAUGUAAAUUAUAUGUGACUGGCAGUUUAAGUUUUUGUGAUAAAACCAUUAUUGCAAUGUAAAGGUGGAUUCACAGUUAAUGUUCUUGACUUAAAGUUAGUGGAUGGAGCUGUUUUUUAAUGUAAACAGAUUAAAGUUCAUGUAAAAUGUAUAUAUAACUGGGGAUUUGGUCUACUGUAAAAAAAAAAAAACACAACAGUUUUCUAUAUGUAAAAGGGCUGUCGCGUGGCUAUAGGCCAUUUUCAUGAAGCCAUUUCUUAUGUAAAACUCACAGUUAAAAUAAUUGUAAUAUAGAUUAUUAAUGUAAAUUUCACAGUUCAUGUAAAAGAUGUGUAACUGAAGUUGGUGCAUUUGUAUGAGAGACCUUAGUAUGGGGCAUUUUCUUAUUAUUUUUGAAUUAUCUGUAAUAUGAGAUAGGCCAGGUUUUUUUCAAACUUCAAAAUUUUCAUUUUCAUAUUUAUUAAUUUCAGUAAGUCAUUAGACUUUUAUUGUUUCAUUAAUUGAUAACAAUCGGAAUUUAAUUGGGCCAGAUUCAUCUUAAGUGUAAGGACUGUUCUAUAUUUUUUGUCCCUAAGUGCUACCUAGGGUUUUCAGUUCUUGUAGAGAAAUUUGUUUUCUUGUGAGGAAAUACUCAUCACUUUCUCCACUAUUCACCUUUUGACCUUACCAGUAAUUGCUUUGUUCUUUGACCUUUACCCCCCCCAUUCCCAAAAAAAAAAAAAAAAGAUAUUUAAGCUGUAACAUCUUUCCCAUGAAAGGUAACAGAAAUUCAGGUGGCAUGAUGGAAAUCUUAAUUCUAGUCUCAUUUUGCCUUUCAAGAGGAGCUAAAUCUAUUAUUUCAACUCCACAAAUGUUGGAUUCUUCCCCCAUCUUAUCCCAGGAUACAAACUAACUUUGACCAUUUUAACUUCAUAGAUGUACUACUCUCUACAUUAGAGUGAUCAUCUCAAAGUUAAUAGUCAAGAAAAAAACAAAAACACAUUGUACAUUUAAGAAAUAAAGUUGUGUAGUUUGAUGUUUUAUAUACAUGUAUUUUUGUAUUUUUCUUUAAUAUCAAUACGCUUGAAUACAUGAAAAGUGCUAAAUGUUUUAAAAUAAAAGAUGAUCUUACUACAUGUA